CAGCGGUCUGUUAUGUGUUGAUGGGUGUCCCCCGAUUUUUUUUUCCCACAAUCAGUCAGUGAACGACGGGUUUAUUUGAAAUUUCCGAUCUGAACUGGUGGUGCCUGGCUUUUGGGUGCAGAAGAAAUCUGUGUAUUUGUUUUGAAUUUCGCGGGAUUUGUGACUUCCGGUGGCUGCUGACGGGUACGGGACAUCCGGAACUUGUCGAAUAAUGCAUUCGAAUCAGUCGGAUCCCAGCACCAAAACUAACAGUACAAUCGUAGUGAAAACAGAAAAGCCCGAUGAAAAACCUGUCCACGACCAGCACUCCGCAUCGGUCAACCCGGAUUCCCAUCCGGGUGCGGCCCUGAAAUCUGCACCUGUAAACUCACACGUGCUACCGCCAAUACUCACGGCUUCGGGAAAACCCAUCCCCAAGAAGCUGACCGAUCCCAGUGUGCAGCAGAUUCCCACCGAGGAACUGCUUGGCUCGGUGACCACCUUCUACCCGAGUGGAGAUGCCGAGUGUGGCCAUGCGCUCCGAACAAGCGCCCGGGUCAUCCAGAAGAUGCGAAUGGACUCGAUUCGCGGGGGAACUCCGCCUCCAUCGGAAGGCAAGGCCGGAGGUGCCGGGGUGCAUGCCUCCGGUGGGAAGGGAAGUAGUGGGCCCGGUUGCGGUACCAAGACUCCCAAUCAGCAGAAACAGGCCCGUAUGGUUUGGACCAACCAGGAUAAGAGUAUGUUCUUCGAAGCACUCAACGAGUGCGGUAAGGAUUUCGAAGGAAUCGUGAACUACUUGAAUACGAAGAAACGACGGAAGGACAGCGGAAGCGAUGUGGUGUUCAAGGUGAAAGACGUUCGUCAUCUGUACUACCAGUUCAAUCAGAAAGUGUCCAAGUAUCUGCACUUUUCUGAGGAGGUGAAGAAAGAGGCACAAGAGCUGUACGCACUGAUCAAUUACGGGGAAAUGAGGAAGAAAGUUCCCUUUCACAAUAAGAAAUACUUCCACAAGCUGAAAGAUCUAGUUUACAAGGGGGUCACGAUGAUCCGAGAGAAGGGCAAGAAUAUACGGAUCAAGACGCCGUCAUGCAGAGCGUUGAGAAAGCUGAACCAGUUGGAGGAGUGGCAGGAGGAAAUCAAGUUGCCUCCAAGGGUGGAUGUAGUUUUGAAACCGGCAACGGUUGGGGCCUGGGGAAGGGUUCAAACCUUGGCUCAAAACCCGCGCUGUAGAACUUCGGUAACGCUGCAGAAACGACUCUCGACGUUAUUAGUUAUUUUGCAGCAAAAGUGGCGCCAUCAAGAUGUCAAACUGAUGGACAGGAUCACGAAUCUACGGGCUGCCAGUGGGGCGUUGACUUCCAAGGUUUCGCGCCAGAAGAUGCUACAUGAGUUGGAGCUGUGCACCAAAAUGGCGGAAGAGUCGAAAGAUAGCGAAAGCCAGAAGCUGCUGUGGUUUACUCCGGCCCGAGAGGCGGUGAUCCACAGGCCGAUGGUGAAUUUGUCGGAGUUUCUUAGCAGCUACAGUAUUUGUAUGAACUCGUACGAGCAACGGAUCGGUGCGAAGAUUCGCGGGGAGGUAUUGUGUUUGGAAAAGUUGAACAGCAUGAAAGAGCGUCUGAGCUCGAAUUCCAAACGGCAGCGGCAUGAUAGCGGUUCCGAGAAACACAGUCCGGACGGGAAGAAAGUGAAAUCUGAACUCAAAGAUAUUAAGGAGGAGAAGUCCGGCGAAGCCAUGGUUGGGUCAAGCUUUGCCGAAGUUUUCAAAUCACCCAACGCUUCGAAUGAGUCGCUAGAUGUACAACGUGAUGGAAGCGAUACCGAAUGUCAUGGCGUGGCUAGGAAUAUUUUAACCAAUGGAGGCAUCAGUUGUGAAGAUCCUGAUUUAAAAAAUGCAGAUUCCAAUGACUCUGCCAAGUUGCCCCUCUUUUCGCUGAUUAAAAUUGAAUGCGACUCUGGUGUGAGCUUCACAAAUCAGGGAGAAAACUCGAACGAUGCGGUGCCUUCGUUGGAAAGCGAAAAUUUGAAACCUAUCCCGAUUGAAGAAAGCAAUAACGGUGGGCUAGCAGAAGAAGUGACUACUCCUCCAACGGAAGACCUUAUCAAGACCACAGUCAAGCGGAAAGAACCGAAGGAAAAGUAUGGUAAAAGAAAGGACUCCAAGACGGGAAUGAGUAAUCUACAUUUUAGACCACUGAUUUCGGAGGAAACGAUUCAGAAAAUACGCGAAGGUUGGACCCUGCAGAACGUUGGAGAUCUCACCAUCGGAGAUUUGUAUGUUAUGUUUGGGGAAGAGGGUAAACUUUGUCUGGAGUACGAUUGGGUGAUGCCGAAAGAAUUGGUGACACUGACAGAACCUCUGGCUUCAAUUGUUGAAGAAAGUGUUGAGCAAAAACCGGAUAUCUCUAUGGUGGCUCCCAUGAGUCCUUCAACAUCUCAAAAAGUUCCACCACAGGGACUCAACGGAGAGCCAACAGCAGCAGCAGUGGGAAUAGAUCCGAAAUGUGCCAAACUGAGCGGUCGAUUGAAGCAGUUGCUGCAGCUUGUAGCUUUACAGGAGAAAACUGGUAAAAGGCGAUGUCCUUGUGGUCAUGUUUGCGAUCGUAAAAAUAAGAGUGCUAUCGAUUCGCUGACUGCCGCUUCCAGCUAUAACGAUAACUUGGUCUUCAAGCAGCCUUUGCUGCCGAUUCGAACCAGUAAUCACCCGGUGAUAAACACCACCCUAGCUAACUGUAAUGGCCUUCCCCCGCCGCACAUGCGCUACAAACAAUCUCGUUGGUGGAGAAUGCGAGUCAAUAGGCAUCAUCUUCCAACUCAACAGAGGCUAGCCCAAGCCCAAUUGAACGGCACUUCGAAUCAGCACCUUCCCAUUCGGAACAAUAAUAAUAACUACCAAAGACCCAGCACAGCAACUGCUGCUGCCCCCCUCAAAAAUCCGAUAGCAGCUGGAAAAGUGUUGCCACAAAUUCCAUCGACCAAUGGAAAUGAAAGCAACGGCAACAAAGCGAUAAUGACUGCCUCCUCAAAUUCUCCUCCGAAAGACUCAGAAGAUGACCAGCUAUCCCAGCUUCUAGAGGAAAAGAUCACCAGCUACAGCAAUCGUUCGACGACGGGCUGCUCCUCCAACGGUUCCAAGAAGAGAUCUUCCACAGAGAUAUCGGCCAUCGCGGGCGAGGACAGCAACAGCUGCCUGAGUCUGUUCGACAUCUCGCUUCCCUCGCCCUCCUCGACUAUGAUUGCCGAGCUGAUGGGCGGUGGCGACGACGACGACGACGAUGACGACCACACCCACGGCGGGGACGAAGUAGACGGGCAGGGAUUUUGUCGAAGCGAUCUGACUCUAAACGGUAUCGAUCGGUUGACGACGGAUUCCUGUGACGGUACAAAAAUACUCCGCGAUGCGGCGCCCAUCGAUUCGGACAUCAACGAUAUUUCUUUGAGCAGCUUUCUCGGUCAUUUGGACGCGGUAUACGAGAAUAAUGUUGCGACGUCGAGGCGAAGGGAGUCCGAUCAAAUGAACAUCAGUAUUAUCAGCGAAUCCAGCGUAGACUACAUAGCCCGCUUCGAGGAUAUUGCUGCCGAGUUGCGAGCUCAGCAGGAACAAAACAGCACCUGAGUACUGCGCACACCUAAAUCGGACCGGCAACUGGACCAACACCAACAGUCAGGCAAAGUUAAAACAAUUCAUAAACAGGGAUUUUCUUACGAUCCGUACGACAAAUUACUGAUAUUCAGGCAACCAACCACACAUUUAGUCAUUUAAGAACAGUUGAACUUUUUUUCUAAGCUUUAGAUUUACACUGUGUAGGCGUUACAAAAACAAAACAAAACAGAAACCGGUAUGGUAAUUGAAAGUUAUAUUUUGUUAAUGUCUAAAAAUAUGACGUAUGUAUAUUACGUAGAGAUUCCAUUUCGCUUAUAGCGGAACCCAAAACAUUGUGAACGUGUUAAACUGUAACUAAACAUAUAUAUUGACUCUCGAAAACAUAAACUGACAAGAAGACAACCCAGUUACUCUCUCCAUUCAUCACCACCCCGCCAAGCACCUUAACUAUUAUGCUAUAGGCUUAGCAGUGUUUCUGUUUUCGACUACAGAGAUUAGUUCGCUAGGGCAAAAGUUUGCACGUGUCCGUUUAUUAGGUAUCUUAUUAUCAAAUUAUACCCUUUACCUAGCAGUUACAUAUAUGAAUCACACACUUUUUACCGUUUUAAUGUUGCCACCCUAACCUUUAACCGGGAGGAUUAUUUUUCUCUCGCUCGGACUGAACGAUAAGUUUUUGAACUGAUUUAAAAAGCUUAUAUCUACUUUAGUUAAAAUCUUUUCUCGAACACUCUUAUAUUUAGGCAGCGUGGUUUUGGAGAUAAUCCUUCAAAGCACGCACAUAUCUAACCAUACAUAUUAGGUACAUAUGAUUAUAAUGUUUAUAUGCAAAUAUCGAAGCUUUAUUGAAAUCGUUAGAAAUUGGUUUGUUUAAUUGGCUGAAAUUUAACCGCAAAAACACAAAAUGUAUACCUAAGUUAACAACUUUUUUGACAUACCUAGUUUGAGUCUGCUAAUACUUGGUCUUUACUAGAAGCGUUUGAAGUGAACAGUUUGAUGGAGCGCGAUAUUAUCAGUAGGACCGGCUCUCGUUGAUAGUUUCACUCACACAUGUAUUCAGUAAUUAUUUAGCUCAUUAGGUCUCUGAAACUGUGGAACAAAUAUAUACUGUGUUUAUUAUUAUAGAGAAAACAAA